AUGGUAUCUUCAUACACACCCACUAUUGAGAGAAGGAAGGUGGACAUAAAGUGUGAGGAUCAAAUCAUAACGGUGGUAAUGGAAGGUGAAGGCAUGGGUAUCACUGAAAACCAACUGCAUCAGGUGUACUGGGCACCGGAAAGUUCAUGCUCUGCAACUCAUGAUUCGCACAGGUCGUCGACAGGAACGGUGGUGGGUGAGUCUGAAUCGGCGAGAGAGGCGGUGCAUCCGGAGGCGGAGUUGCUGGUACCCGGAGAUACGGGUACAAGUUGUCAGGAUAUUGGGGGCAAAGCUGGCACAAGGACGAGUGACAUUGAUGUGUCGGGAAAAAGGGCUCCAGAGAAGUCAACCAUGGGGCUUGUUACUGAAAUCUUGCAAAGAAAACAAAAGGUGAACUGGCAUAACCGUGAGAACGGUCAGAUAGAAGUGUGCUUUAGAGACAAAUUCAAAUUCAAGGUGGGCUACUCUGCUAUUGAAGGACUAUGGAACAGCUUUGUCACAGGUUUUAAGGUAUCAGUUGGGGAAGCACGUGUGCUAGAGUUGAGCAUCAAGGGAGCAGGAAAGUAUAAGCUGAUGGGGUGGGGCCAAAGUCAAAGCCAAAGAAAAUAUAAUAAUAGGUGGGUAUGUCUUGACCCGCUACCAUUGGGCUGCGUUAAAGAUAUUGGCCCAUCUAUCACCUUCAAGAAAACAUUCAUCGGGCCUCUUCUGGAAGGACUGGAAAAUAAUGUGAGCCCAUUUGCUGAGUCUCCCUCUCCCUUAUCUCAAUCCUGCAAUGUUGUUGAUAAGGGGUCAGCAAUUAUUUCUCCAAAGAAGAAAAGGGGCAGACCCAGAAAAGCUAAUUCUGAUAAUCAGGUCGUGAAGGAGGCAUCAGCUGCUUCAUCCACACCCAAACGGAGAGGAAGGAAACCGAAGCUGCAAGGAUCAGGGGAAAUACAUUGUGAUAAGAGGGAGCAGCACCCACCUUUGAGAGGGCCUUCUGGUAGAUAUCUAACUAGGAGUUCAAAGGUUUGGCUUCUGGGCAAAGUGUUGGGCCUUGAAUUUGAGGGUUCCGAUGAAUCUGCUAUCUCUUCUCUUGAAAGAGAUUUAGGAGCUUUUUUAUCCCCUUCUGCUUUUGGUGAUGGAGAAGAUCUGGCUCUCCUGGAACUUGUUAAUGCCACUGGAACUGCUGGAGGUCUCCUAACGAUGUGGAAAGCUUCUACUUUCACCCUAAUCCGUGUCUACAAUGGAGAUAGGUACUUAAUUAUUGAGGUCAAAGACAACAAUCUCAACAUCAAUCUGAUGAUAGGUAAUAUAUAUGGGCCACACAAUGAAGAGGAGAGAGAGGCAUUGUUCUCAGAGAUUGGAAAUGUGAUGCAGAACCGGGAGUGUGGUUGGAUUCUUGGGGGUGAUUUCAAUGCUACCCUCAAUGCUGAAGACAGAAGUGGAAGGCUGGGAGGGACUGAAGUUUCUUUUUCAAGUUUUGUAAAUGACUGGAAUUUGAUAGAUUUGCCUUUGCAAAACUCAGAAUAUACCUGGUUCAGUUCAAGAAACGGAGGAGUCUGGAGCAGAAUUGACAGAUGGCUUUUAAACGAAGAAGCUUGGUUGUCCCUUGAUGAAGCCAUUCAACGGGUGGAGAAUUGGGGACUCUCAGACCAUAGAGCAGUAAUCUUAGCUAUGGGACAACCUAGCUCAGGGCCAAAACCUUUCUUAUUCUAUAACAACUGGCUAUUGGAUAAAGAAUUUGACAGAAUGAUCAAGGAAUGGUGGAACACCUGCGCUGUACAGGGAUGGUCAGGUUAUGUAUUGCAAACGAAAUUGAAAGACUUGAAAGGUAAAAUUAAAGGGUGGAAGGGCCACUCCAUAUCACACACAGAGGAGAAGAUUAAAUUGUUGGAAAGUGAACUUCAAGUAGUAAUGGAAAGACUGGAAUCUGUGGGCAUGAAUGAGGAGUUGCGAGCUAAGAGGAGUCAGGUGUUAAGUGGCUUGUGGGAGGGGUACAGGAUUGAAGAGUCCAAAUGGCGACAGAAAUCGAGGGUAAAAUGGUUGAAGGAGGGUGAUAAAAACACAUCAUUUUUUCACUUUGUCAGCAAGUCUAGGAGAGCAAAAAAUCACAUUCACAAACUUAAUGUGAGGGGCAAUGAAGUGAAUGAUCCAGCGGUAAUUAGAGACGAAAUCAGGGCCCAUUUCCAAUCCUUCUUUACUCGUGAAGUGAUGAGGAGACCAAAACUGAAGUGUACCAAUUUGCUUAAAUUGUCCAUGGGGGAUAGGCGAAGGUUAGAGGAGGGUUUCUCUGAGAGUGAAAUAUGGGAUGUCCUUAAGCACUGUGACGGUGACAAAGCGCCGGGACCCGACGGUUUUAACUUCAAUUUCUUCAAACACUUCUGGGCAACAAUUAAGGGUGAUAUACUCAAGUUCUUCGAGGAAUUUCAUGCAAAUGGUAAGCUGGCAGCAUCUAUAAACUGGUGUCAAAGGUUCUUGCAGCACGAUUGCAAAAUUCCAAAGAUAAUCUCUGAAAACCAAUUCGCCUUCACUACGGGGCGUCAAAUAGCCGAUUGCAUCUUAAUCGCCUCGGAGGUGGUUGAUUUUCUGAAUAAGAAUCAACGUGGUGGAUAUCUCCUUAAGUUAGACUUUGCCAAAGCUUACGAUUCCAUCGAGUGGAACUUUCUCUUGGAGCUGCUCGCUAAAAUGAACUUCGGCGAAAAGUGGAUUUCGUGGAUUAAAACCUGUGUAACUACUGCCUCUUUGGCUAUCCUGAUAAAUGGCUCACCUUCUGUUUUCUUUGACAUUGAAAAAGGAUUGAGACAGGGGGAUCCCCUCUCCCCCUUGUUGUUUAACAUAUGUGUGAACGGCCUAUCAUGCAUGUUAAACCAACUUCUUGGAAUCUCUGGCCUCAACCUCUUCAGCGGUGUUAGAAUGGGUAGUGCUGAUGCACUAAACCACCUUCAGUUCGCAGACGAUACUUUGCUGUUUUGUGAACAAGAUGACUCACAGUUAGAGCUUCUAUGUAAUGCUCUAUUCGCUUUCCUCUUUGCUUCAGGCCUAAGGUUGAAUAUGGAGAAAUCAGAACUCAUCGGUUGUAAUGUUGAACCAGCAGAGGUAGCAAGAGUGGCUCAUAUUUAUGGCUGGUCUGCGGGCUCUUUGCCUAUCACUUACCUUGGAGCUUCACUAGGUGGCAAUCCAAGAAGGCUUUCCUUUUGGGAACCGAUGAUAGUUAAAUUGAGAAAAAAAGGGAGGUCCUACAAUUCAAAAUAUAUCUCCUUGAGUGGCAGAUUGACUAUUUUGAAGGCGGCUCUCAACUCAAUCCCGGUUUAUUGGAUGAGCUUAUUCAAAGCACCAAGGGGGGUUAUCAUGGAAGUGGAGAAAAUCUUCAGGGCAUUCUUAUGGGGGAAAGAAGAAAGAGGAAAGAAAAUGGUGUGGAUUCCAUGGAAUAUGAUAUGCAAAUCCAAAGCAAAAGGAGGAUUGGGUUUGGGUCAUUUAGCAUGGAAAAAUAAAGCAUUAUUACUAAAGUGGGCUUGGAGAUAUGGGGUAGAAGUGGACAGCUUAUGGAGAAGGCAAAUUGCUGGUAAAUAUCAAUGGGAUAGCAGAAGGCUUAUGCUGCACAUAGUGUUGGAUGAGGGAGGAUCUUUAUCUGCAAUAAUAAAAGACAUUGGUGCUAUCCUCAAGGAGGAUUCUUUGCUUUCUAUGGGCUUUAGAGAUCAGCUGAUAUGUGGAAUUGGAGAUGGUAAUUCUACCAGAUUUUGGAUUGAUCCUUGGAUUGGAGGUAAACCUUUGUCUUGCCAAUUCCCCCGCGUCUUUGCAAUCUGCACCAACAAAACAGCAUACAUUGCUGAUGUUGGCCUUUUCGUAAGAAAUAAAUGGGUGUGGGAUAUUCCUUUCAGAAGGAAUUUUCUUGGAUGGGAAUUGGGAAUACAUUCUGAAUUCAUGAAUAUGAUUAAUUCAAUCAUCCCAGCAGCGAAUUCGAAAGAUCAUCUAAUAUGGUGUGGAAGCGGAAACGGUUACUUCACAGUUAGAGGUUUAUGCCAAUGGGUUGAUGAUAAUGUCCAAGAUGAAGCUGAGUUUGCUGUCCCUGAGCACAUUGCAAAACUAAUUCCACCUAAGGUCAAAUUGCUGUAUUGGCAAGCAUGCCACAAUAAGUUGGCUACCAAGAUAAAUCUGUGGAGGAGAGGAGUAAUCUCAGCUGAGAACAGCUUAUGUUGCUUCUGCAGUUCAAGCAUCGAGACAGUAGACCAUCUCUUUGUAUCUUGCCCACGGGUUAUUGAAUUAUGGUAUUGUAUUCUCAAUAGAGAAGGAAUAUCAUGGUCAUGCUCUAACUCCUUGCUGGCUGUCCAAGAGGAAUGGAUUAGCUUGAGGAAAGGUACUGAUUUGAUAAUUUGGAAUCUAUUUCCAUAUUCCAUUGUUUGGUCAUUAUGGCUGCAAAGGAACAACAGCACCUUCAGAGGCAACGGUAUGCAGAUGCAAGAGAUUGAGGACAUGUACAUGCUUCGAAUUGCUUGGUGGAUCAAAUGUGAUUGGACCACUUGCCCCUAUGAUUCACUACAUAUCUCAAGGAAUUUAGGCAGCAUUAAAUUGCCUAAACCUUCUACUGUGCCUAGACAAAUUUCAUGGCUUCCACCGGAUACUGGGAUUUUAAAAUGCAAUGUUGACGGUGCUUCCAAAGGCAACCCAGGAAUCAGUGGAGUUGGUGGAGUGAUUAGAGACUCGAAUAGGAUUUUUUUGGGGUACUUUGCAAUCGGUAUUGGCUUUGGUUGGGCUUUUGAAGCGGAAGUGAAGGCAAUUCUCCACGGGCUCAUGUUUUGCCAGCAGUUCCUAUUCAGGAAUAUUGUCCUAGAAAGUGAUUCUACAACAGCAAUUGGUUGGGUGGUUUCAAGAGACAAAAUACCUUGGAAGUUGAUCAAUGAGUUAAACAAAAUUGACCUUUUUGAUGGCUGA